AUGGAGCAGUCCAUCACCAUGCAAACAGGGAGCCUCCAAACAGAGAUGGAGCAAAGGCGCACCCAGAUUGCUGGCCCAGAAGACCCCGGUGACUGCACCAAGCAGCUCACGGAGAGCAUCACCAACAUACCGGAAGUCAAGUGUGCCUUCAAGAACCUGAUUGGCAAACUGGUCUCCUCAAAAGUAGAGGAUGGGGAACUGAAGCACUUGCUUCUCGGCAGCAGCAGCUGA